CAGCUGGAUGAACCGAUAGGCUGCUUCAGGGGCUUCUUUGCAGCGAGGCGAGUCGGUAGCAGUGGGGUUGUUUACUGCUGAAGUGUAGUUGCAUAAGGGGCGUAGCACUUUCUGUUUUCGUUUGUGUAGAAAUAAUGCGGCUGGGCUAAACGCGCCCCUCGAUAUCGAAACGAACGAACGAUGGACAAGCUGAAGAGAGCGCUGAGCGGAGGCGAGGACCGCGGGGAUGAAGAGCAAGGCAUCGUGACCCAGAUCGUGGACAGCUCUACGCUGAGCUGGUCGACGCGGGUGAAGGGGUUCGCCAUCUGUUUCGUGCUGGGUUUCGUCUUUUCCCUCAUCGGCUCCGUGUUCAUGGCGUUCCCGGGCGGCUUGAGGAUGUUCGGCUUGUUCUACACACUGGGGAACCUGACAGCGCUGGCCAGCACGCUGUUCCUCAUGGGGCCCGCCAACCAAAUCAAGAAGAUGUUCGCGCCCACGCGAGCCAUCGCUACCUGCGUCAUGUUGGCAUUUCUGGUGCUCACACUCAUGGCGGCAUUUUGGUGGAAAAAUGCAUUGCUGACGAUCAUCUUCUGCAUAAUCCAGUUUAUAGCCAUGACAUGGUACUCCUUGUCAUACAUCCCGUUUGCUCGGGAUGCCGUCAAGAAGUGCUUCCAAUCAUGUAUCAGCUGAAUCAACGGGUGUCAAGUCGUGCCUUUCCUCUCCAAGUUGUCACACAUCCCCACGGAUUGUUGUUGUUUUGUGGUGUGGAGUUGUUUGUGCACAUUACCACAAUCAUUGAUUGCAGAGACUUAUUUUUGAUAUGUAACUGUUGUAUUUUCAGCCAGGAUCACAGGGACUGUUGUAUUUUUCAGCCAGGGCCAGAAAGACUGUUGUGUACUAUUUCAAUUAGGAAGUGGUGUGUUGUGUGUUGAAAGAAUAAACUAAUUGUUGUGUGUGUG